CUUGUGGAUGGAAGAUAUGGUCACACUCAUAUAAACAGUUUUGGCGCCGGGCAAUUGUUGCACAAAAAACUAUAAGAUAAAUAAAUAGCCAUUAUGCGGACUGUAACAGAGCCUGAAUUUUCGAUACAGUUAAAUGAGACCAUAGAGUGUUAUGCCAUUUGCACGACAGACUUUGCAUAUAAUCUGAUUGCUGUGGCGCUCAAGAAUCAUAUGUGUCUAAUUCUCGUGGGACUGCCUGAGGAGAACGGAGAAUUCGGAUGGAACCAUCUUCAGGACCUUGAAAUGGGGGACAAGGACCAAAGGCGCGUGACGGCGAUAGCGUUUUCGCCAGAAACCUCCAUGAACUGCUCGCCGAACAACGUGACCCUUUGUGCCGCCUUGGGUUCCGAUUUAAUCAUAAUCCGCACAGACCUGGGACAGUUUAAUACGAUCCAGCCGUUCCAAGCCCACAGCGACUACAUCAACGACGUCUCCUGGGUAUGCGAAGGUGAGCUGCUGGCCACCGUAUCCGAUGACUUCAGCUGCCGGUUCUGGACCCCAGGCGCCACUCCGGAGAACGUCAUUACCUUCGGCCUCUCGUCGGCAGGCAUGUCGAUAAAGAGCCACCCCGAGGAUCCUAACAAGGUGCUUGUGGCUGAGAAGAAGGGCAUUAUACAUUUGUAUAAUGUGCGCAGCAAGCAAACUGUCGUUUCUGUGGAGUCGCCCAAGUUUCCGCUAUUGUCGGCCGAUUGGGCGAACAGUAACCGACUCUUUAUCACGGCCCUAGCCGGUGGGGAUAUUGUCACCUGGGACUUGAACAGGCCCUUCAUUCCAGCCGAUGUCAAACAGGUGCACGAAGACGGAGGGAGAGUUGUGCGCUUUGCCCCCGGAAGCUCCGAGAUGGUUAUAGCAAGCAUUGGAAGGCCUGAUUUGACUCUCAAAGUGUUUGCAGCCAAGUCUACGGUUCCUUUGAUCGAAGCAUCCCUGAAGACUUUUGCCGGCUUGGCAUGGCAUCAGCGAUUGCCAUAUGUCACUGCCGUCUCCGAUCGAAAACUACAUUUCUGGAAGGUGCCGAUGAAGUGAAUUUUUAUCGAGGUAUCUAGAAAAGCUGGUAUUCUUUCUGAAAUGGAUAAAGAGUUCGUUUAAGGACGGAGUAAAAUAAGGAUCUUUUACACUUUCUAUAAACUGUAAUUUUUAAUAUAAACUCGUUCAAUGUUUUGUAAUUGGGAAUAUACAUUUUUAUUUAAAAUACAUGCAUAAGAUGACUUCAAUAAAAUAAAAUUUUAUUUAAUUGAAGUUCAAUUUAACACAUAACUUGUAAAAUUUAUUUCAAUAAUGUUUUUCAAUAAUAUAAUUUUAUUCUAAGUAUUAGGUUAAAUUUAAAAUGUUUUAUUCCGUCUAUAUAUUGACGUGUUUAUGGCACAUCAAUGGAUGGUUUAAUUUUUUUUUUAAUAAAAAAAUGUAAAAAUUGUUGCACUUAAAAAAUGUUUUAUCUUGCCCUUUAUAAGUCGUGUAAAAAAAUCAAAGUCGACACUAUUAAUUAUUAAUAAGUCCUAAGAAUACUUAAUCUUAGUUUAUAAAUGGUAUGGUAUGAGAGUUCGACCAAAAUUACAGGUAUUGUCAGAUUUAAAUUAUAUUAUUAAAGAAUAAAUAUUAAGUAAUAGGUAAUAUUAUAUUAAAACUGAAUAUAAAAUACAUAUAUUUAGAAUGUAAAUCUAGUUUAAAACGAAUCUGUUAAAAAAAUACUGAAAUUUAGGAUCUCUUGGACGUGUGUCUACAGCCACACUUAACCAUCGCUCCCGGUUUUGCAGAUUUUUUUGGUGGUUUGCGUGCAUGCGACCCUUGACUUUGAAGAAGAAUUUUACUAAAUUUACGGUGUGAUUUGUUCCAACUUUUGGAAAUUCAUUCGCCGAGAGCUAUUGCCAAGCCGGAGACACAGUUUGAGGUAUCUUCGUCGAUCGGAUGACGCGAUAUCUGAGGUGAAGAAGAGUGGACCGCAAAGCACAUUUUUGCGAGAAUUAAUAAUUUAACUGUCUGCGGAGUCUUCAAGCGCAAAACAAUGCUUUCUACGAGGAAGGAAGUGGACGAGCAGGUCCACAAACUCCUGGGCAAGAUGCCCCCAGGAAAAGAGGU